AUAUAGAAUAUAUGGAACUCCCAACUGCUUUGGUCCAUCCUUCACACUUUAAUAGCGAUCCGGUGGGGCUUGGAACUCAUUAAAAAUCUUAAAUUUACGACGCAAGUGCACAUCAACGCAAGCACACUGAGCGUGUCAGCAUGAUUGCAUAGGCUUUCCCUCGAUUGACGGGUCGCGCUAAUGUCGGGAACGCGGGGGUAUAAGUACAGCAUAAGAAAAUGGGGAAAAAGCAGUAGAGAAAGGAAGCUGACUGCUCGCACCAUGAUUGAACCAUUUCUCUUGUGCCCAGCAUUAAGCCGUAACACAGCGUAACCAGAAGGGGUUGAAAAAAGAAAACAAAAACAUUAGUAGCAAAUGUGUGGUUCUACCAGUUGUUGCCCGUCCGCUACUCGUCCUAUUCUACACCGGGAGCAGGCACCGUUUAUCUAGGUGAAGUGUCUCCGCUUAUGACAUGAACCGUAAAGAAUGAUUGAGUUUGGAUAGUUUGGUGGAAUACUAAAAACAAAACAAAAAAACAACAUCCAAACACAUUGCACGAAGUGGAAUACCGAUCACGAGGAUGUGAAAAAAGUGUGAGGACGGGCGGACAGUCGAACUACACACGCAGAGGCUAAAGCGGUUCAACCCGGUGGCACGAUCACGGGGCACAGAAACUCGACAUGAAACAGAAGCAACCACAAAAAAAAGAGUUUUAGAUGGAGUGUGCGAGAAGCUGGAAAGCUGAAGGGAGAAGGGAGCGCAGGUUCAAAUGUCCCCCAGGUUCGAAAUGCGCGCGGUUCUUCUAUAAAUAGUAAUAGGUACGAGCAUAGGACGUUUGAUUUUUUAACCCCGCGCAAUGAACAAUGCUGCUACACAACACCACACCAUUGGGUCCACCCAGUCCUGCCCGAUCACGAUGUCGUUUGCUUUGCCUUCUUCUUUGGUAGGUCGUGGUUUGCUUUGUUUUUUUUUUCACGGUGGCAUUUUUUGUCAUUUCUAUGAUUCAGUGCAAUGCGAUUGAUCAAGUAGAUCGUGUUGCAGAUAGUUUAUUGUAAGUUUAAGGAUAGUUCGCCAAAGUGAUAUAACGGGUAGGGAAAAAGUGUAUAUAAAAAGAAAGAACAAUUCUCAGAUAAUUUGGAAUAUAAAUAUGUAUAAACCUUUUCCAUUCAUUAAAUAUGCAUAAAACUCUAUUCGUGCUUUAAAACAAAUGGCUUACUUAAUCAACGUUUGCCAUGUGCUAAUGGUGGUCAGGUCGUUCUUCACUAAGGAAACCAGAAAUUGCACAAUUCAGCCUGCUGUGUUGUACCGAGCUCGUGCAGCCAGAAUGCCGGCAAGUUGGGAAACACUCAUCAACAGCUACUGGCGUAACAGCUUCCCUCCCGAGCAGUGGUAGUGGAGAGACCAAAAAGCACGGAGGAAAGGACGCGAGCCGCGUGUUUGAGAAAGGACAGAGAUGAGUGAACGCUGCGAACAAGAAGAACGAAAAAAAAAACUCGUCAGCGGUAUAAACAAUAUCAUAAAUAUUGUUUUUGUAGCAACCAACAAACGGAGUGCGUCGAGGACUUUGCGUCUCCGUCGUCAUCGUAUUGCGGUUUCCCUUCGUGUUCAGGAGGGUGUGGAGUGUUCAGGCGCGUAGGGUAGUGGCAGAGGUGUGACUCCUGCAAGACGAUACAGUGUGCGCGGUCCUCCGUACCAGAUCGUGCUGCCAGAUGUGCUGCUAACAAAGCAAAGCGGAUUUGGGACUCAUCCACCAGGAGUGGUGGUGGCGAAGAGCGGCGACGACCCGACGAGAUGCUGGGAUCGUGUCACAGUUGCACUUGCUGCAGCAUAGAGCAGAACGCCCAGAAGCCAUCGCUAACACAUCGGCAGCGGAUUAGGAGAGGUCGAGUGUGGUGCAAAAGGUCAUCAACAUAAUGAACCGUUUUCCCUCCGAUAGCGGGUGAAUAUCGCUACUCCGGACCAAUUUAGAAAACCACUUAUCUCCGAAUACGCGUAAGUUGAGAACCGCGUAACUCGGGAACAGACUGUAGUUCCUCAACUUCACACCGACCAACGGAUUAAAUGUCAUCGAGCAAAACAAACGAAUUCCACAUUCCGCGUGCGCUUUCUGUGUGAAGCCGGUAAACUUUCUUCGUAAAAUGUUCGACACAAGUGUGAUUGUAGGCAUAUCCGCCACUAUUGUAUCGUUUGCGGUGGGAUAUGCCGUCGCUAGACGGUCUCCUCUGGAUGAUAGCAGGUCAGCUUCGGCGGAAAAGCAUACAAAAAAUGAGGGAACCGACAAGAUUUUUGCCGACAUGGGUGGAGAGUACAAAAUGGUUCUCGUCGUGCGGAAUGACCUGAAGAUGGGCAAGGGCAAGAUAGCGGCACAGUGUGGCCAUGCAGCCGUUGGAGCGUACGAGAGUGGAGUGCGGAACACGCCGGCGGCGAUCCGAAAGUGGCAGAACGGUGGGCAGGCCAAAAUCGCAUUGAAGGUGGACACCGAAGAGGCCAUGAUGGAAAUUUACCGUACGGCGAAAGCGAACAAGCUCAAUUGCUGCCUAAUUCGCGACGCUGGGCGUACGCAGAUUGAACCGAACACUAAAACCGUGCUAGCCGUUGGACCAGCCCCAAACGUGGCCGUGGACAGUGUGACCGGUCAUUUAAAGUUGCUGUAAGAGCUGAGUUGCCUCAAUACAAUUUGCUUUUAAGAAGCCACCCAAACACA